AGCAAAAUCGUAGAUUCGAGGGUUCUAUCCUCCAAUGUUGAUAAAAUGUUCUAACUCUAUUAGAAGAUUUAGAACUUGCUAUAAAUUAAAUUUCCCUUUAAUUCCUAUUGUUGUUGAACAAACUGGACGAGGAGAACGUUCCUAUGAUAUAUUUUCAAGAUUAUUAAAAGAAAGAAUUGUGUGUGUUAUGGGCCCUAUUAAUGAUGAUAUGUCUAGCUUAGUAGUCGCCCAAUUAUUAUUUCUACAAUCGGAAAGUAAUAAAAAACCUAUUCAUAUGUACAUCAAUAGUCCAGGUGGAUCAGUUACAUCUGGUUUAGGUAUAUAUGAUACAAUGCUUUAUAUAACAUCCCCAAUCUACACUUGGUGUGUUGGACAAGCUUGUAGUAUGGCCUCUUUGCUUUUGUGUGCUGGUUCUGCUGGAUACAGAUAUUCACUACCUAAUUCAAGAAUCAUGAUACAUCAGCCACAUGGUUCUGCUCAAGGUCAAGCUUCUGAUAUCCAAAUCCAAGCAGAGGAAAUUAUCAAGCUCAAGCGGCAACUCAACAGAAUUUACGUAAAGCAUACCUAUCAAACCUUUGAAACUAUUGAAAAAUUUGUUGACAGAGACAAAUUUAUGACACCCAUUGAAGCCAAAGAUUUUGGACUUAUUGAUGUGGUCCUAGAACACCCGCCUGAUGUUAUAGCAAAAGAAAACGAAAAAGAAAAGAAAUUUUCAAAUUCUCUCACUAAGGAAAGUUGUAAAGUUUGAUUUUAUUUGUACUUGAUGUUUCAUUUUAUUAUGUAUGCAAUGAUAGUUAGGAUCUAUUGUUGGAAUCCAUUUUUUUAUAAUAAACAUUUAUGCAUUAUAUUAUACUAUUUAUAUUUUAUACAACAUUUCUAACUUCUGAUAUUAUCUUUCU